UUUGUACGAUGCAUGUGUUUUGUUGUGAUUGGUGACUGCAACUUCGUUGGUCUGUUCGUAGAUAACAGUUUUAGGCACUUAUCAGAAUAAUACUCUUAUCAUCGUUCGGAUAUUUUGGUCAACACCUGUGUUGGGGCGCUAUGAAAAUCGCCAGCACGAUAGAUGGUGAGGGUGCAAUAAAAUGAUCCUUCAUGUAACAAGUUCAGCCAGGAUAAUAGUUUCGAUUGGCCUAGUUCUGUUUGCUUUUUCGGUGCUGGUGGACAGCGGAGCAAAUAAUCUUCAUGUGUAUGAUGGUGUUCGCACGCAGGACAUCAUAGCCGGUGACGUGUUUUUCGAAAUUAUUGAUCCACCCGAACUAGAGUAUACCUACCGGAUACGACCAGCUAAAGAUUUUGGUAGCUCUUUUGGAUCAUCGUUCAAGAUAACUGAAGGCAAGUUGGUUCCAGCGAUCCCUUCCGAUGCAUGCGAGCCUCGGUUCACCAAUGAAAGAGAUCUGAAAGGAAACAUUGCUCUCGUGGAACGUGGCGAAUGUUCCUUUCUAGCAAAAGCAAUAAACAUCGAAAAGGUGGGAGGAUUAGCGGUGAUAAUUACUGAGAUCGACACAAAUUCGGAUGAUUAUGAUUACUACAUUGAGAUGAUUCACGAUAAGACCGAUCGCGACACGAACAUUCCAGCCGCCUUUCUGUUGGGCAAAAACGGCCUUGUCAUUCGUAGGACGUUAACCAAGCUCAACCGACGAUAUGCGCUCAUCAAUCUGCCAGUCAAUCUGACCUUUGUGGCACCACAUUUAAUUAACCAACCACCAUGGCUACAGUGGUGAUUCGAAGGACUUGAACUAGCAGUAGUGAAACGUGUGGUAUUAUAAUAUACAGAAGAGACUAAUGUUCUAGUCAACCUGUGAACAGAUUCAAACUAUAUGAGAGAACGCAUCCGUUAGUAUCAAUAAACUCAGUUCAAUCUUCUCGCCAAAA